AUGGAUCUAGUUUCACCUCAAGGGAAAAUGAGCUUGCCCAAUGAUUUCGAUGAAGAUGAACAAGGUUACUUUCCUCCAGGUCCCUACAACUCUCCAUAUGUAGCUCCUACAACGGCCUACGCCUCAUCCAGCAACGCACCGAGACAUAUCUCUCUCAAUGUCAAUUACCCGACAGAAGACCAUGAUCUCGCGGAUGGCCGCUUUUUCGACGCUUCUAAGUCUGAAACCGUUACCAAAAUAUCAAAGACCGAGAGACUCAAGUCAAUCUUCUCUCGUGGUUUCCCCAAGACCAAAAACACUUCUCCAGCCAAAUCCGUCGUUAGGGUUGUGGUGCCCGCUGUCGUGGAGCUCGGGAGUGAUAUCGCUGGCCAUGACCGCGUGCGGGAUGGCGAUCAACGUGCUGUGGUGGAAGAUUAUGAAAAUCUUGAUAUAUAUGGGAAUCGAGUGAUUCCUGUUGAAGCAAAUCUCUGGCUUUACCGCCAAUGCAUGAAGACCAAGCGUGCGGUAAUUAUUGAUCUUAAGCACGAGCCAACCUUUUCCGAACUCUCUAGAGUCUGUAAGAAUACCGGAAAGCUGGAAAAGGUCGAGAUUUGCAAAACCAACAAUUACGCAAAGGUUCGGUUCCUCGAGGAGGAGGGGGCGGCCCGUCUUAUGGAACUCGCCCAAUCGCAAAUCACUUACCCAGUCGCCGAUAGCAACUACAAGCGUGCUAGGUCUACGCUCAUCGAUGUGAAGUACAAUUGGCCAAUUGAAAAUCUCGAGCCCCGGGUCUUGGAAUGUAUCAGGGUGGACGACGCUACUCGUUGUAUUAUUAUCAGGGGGCCCAUUGGCAAGGAAAUACAGAAACUUCUUAAUAUUGCGGAGGAUGAGAAGCGUCACAUUAGAGUGGAAAUGUGGGAUUUCGCAAAGUAUCUCAUGGGAACUGACGUUGUUGGGGACAUUGAAAGCGUCCAAAUUGGAUAUGUUGGUGGCUGUUGGGAAAUCACGAUCAUUUACACCGAUAUCCUCGUGGCGAUUCAUGCAGUCGACGUUUUGAAAUCUGAAGCCGAGUUUAAGAAGUGUACCAUCUGGUACGGAGCUGAUCCAUGCGAACCCCCACGUGUGGCCCAAGCCUCUUAA